CCGGUACGUCCAGCUUGCAAGCAUACUCUUCGAGAUAUUCUCAGCUAUCAUAGCACCAGAGAGCUAUCGAGAUUCAUCUACGAUGAAGCUCUUUACCUUCCGCACCGUCUCCGGACGUCAGGCACAGCAGCAUUCAACCGCGCCCCAGGGCGUCACCACAUCAACCUCAACCAGCACCUUCGAGUCUAGGAAGAGCGGCAGCAAGACCGAGCGCCUCACGCGCGGAUUCCGUAAGGCGUUUCGGCGUACUUCGCGCGCGCGCGGGGCUACCACCGCGGAGGGUGAUUCCGGAUAUCAUUCGAUUCGCUCUGGUGACCGAGGAACUUCCACCGCGCCUACGACUCCCAAUGGCGGCGCACUUCCUUACGUUCCACCCGCCGAUCCACGCCAUCUUCCCAUGAUCCAGCUGCCAGAGGACCAUCCUGCGCGCGCUGCUUUCAUGAAGCCCAAGGUCGAGUACACACCCGAGGUCAAGGCCGUCCAGGAGCUCAACGUAGCCGAAGCCUACGAACGCAAUGGCGAGCAAUCUCCGGCCGCGAUCUCCUCUCGCGAACACGACGAAGACGACGAGGACUCAUCCACCAAGAACAUCGCCGCCGUCGUUCUCCGCACCCACAAAAGUGCUCCGGAGCACCACUCCCCACCCACGAAGCACAUCCGCAAAGCCCUGCACAACCGCUCCAUCUCGUCCCCACCGAUCAUCAUCCCAACUCCCCUCCAACGCCGCGUCCUCUUCAAAUACAUCGCCGAGCAAGCCCGAAAUGGCUGCCUUGACGCACUCACCAUCAUCCAAUCCGUCUCUGCCCACGCCAAACUCUCCGCCCGCGGCGGUCCCAUCUUCGACCCAACAUUUACCUUCAACGGCUACCUCUUCCGGUACAGCCAGUUGGGCGCCAUAGAGUGGGCCUGGAUAAAGCGAUAUCUGAUCGUGGAAGAAACCACCGCGCUGUUCCGAUGCAAGCGCUUGAACGAAGACGACGUGAUAAUGAUCGAGCGGCACUUCUUCCCCACCCAGGAGCGCGACCUCCUCUCCCCUGAACACUUCUCGCUCUUCCUCGACAACCUAGUCCACGAGGACAUGCUCGACCGGGCCUACGCUACCAAGAUCAAGAACCUCAGCCUGACACUCGAGCAAUUCCGCGGCGGCGCGGCGGCUAUGAGCAGCAAGAAGCCCUCCCCGAGCGUCGGCUACACGACCAUGUUCACGCAGCUCCCGUACCGCGCUGGCCCCGCGCGAUCCGCGGCUCUGCGCCGCCUGAUGGAAGCAGCGGUCUACGGCCAGCAGAUCUGGAAAGGCGGCUUCUACGCCGACGCGCUCAGCAAGCUGAACGACUACCUCGAAGCCUGGGACUUGACGACUCGCAAGUGCGUCAGCACGCCGCCACACCUUACAGAGUACAAGCGCAACUGGACAUACGUCGAAGAGCGCAGCCUGCGCCGCGUAGAAACCGUCGCCGACCUGAUCGCCCGCUGGAAGAACGGCAGCCUGCUCGACUACGGCAUUCUGAAGGCUGUUCGCGGCACCUUCGUGCCCAUCAGCGGCCAGGCGUAUUACGACACGCAGGAGCUGGAGUCGUUCCUGUACAGCCGCGUUAUGGGCAGUGGACUAGCAAUCCGCGAGAUCCCACGCAUUCUGGCGCUGCAUGCAGAUCACGACGAGGCUUUCCGGGACGUCAGGGCGGAGGAGCGCGUCGUUGCUGGCUUGACGGCGGAGAUGCGAGAGUUUGAGAGAGGCGAGGAGGAGCGGUUGAGCGCAAUCGAGCGGCAGCGCCAGCUGCUGAAAGCUGCUACGAAGACUGAGCGCACUAAGUUCCAGCGCCUCGCCGAUCGACUGAAGAAGCUCUUCCGCAAAGCUCCCGUCCUCCAGCCCUUCGACCCCUUUCAACAGCGUGAUGAAUAA